CACCCACAAGGCAAACUUUUGUCAGAUAGAAACUCCAGCCUGUCAGUCUACAGCAGAGCACCACGGAGGGAGCAUUACUAGUCUCCAGAGUUCCAGAGAAUACGAGAGGACUUCCCCGCUCGUCUGGACAAACUACGGCAACUGAUAGAAGACAAAGUUCAUAUCCUUCAAUCCCCCAUCACCAAGGAGCAACAGGGUUCUGUGUGUGAGGAGAGCUCAGGGACAGGAGGACUGUGGAGGUUUGCUGUUUUGAGUGAGGAGCUGACUUUUCACCUGCAGCAGCUGCAGACACAGACACAGCAGGAGCUCUGCAACAUCUGCACACAACUCUCGCAGAUUGAGGGCCGUCAGCGGCUGCUUUCCUUUGAGCUUUUAAUUCUUCAGGAGAAGAAGAAACAGGCCGAACAGGAGCUGAGGAGAAACUCCAGCUUCCAUACGUCCACUGUUCAGCUGUGUGCCUGCCGGGAGCUUCAGGUCUCCAUCACCGAGCGUUUGCUUCAAUCAGAGAGGUUGGUGUUCCAGGAGGAGGCACUGAGCACGCUCCAUAACCUGCUGACACAAGACCUGCAGAGGUACCAGGACGAGACGCAGAGACUGACCGGUUUCACACAGAAAAUACUCAGACAGUCGCACAGGUCGGACAGAAAGGAAACGCUCCCGAGCAGAGAGAGUGACCGCAGCAUGCAGGGAAAGAGCGAGACAGAGCAGCAGAACAACAUGCAAGCGCCUUCUUCUAAGCCGCCUCUCAGUCUCCAAGCCAACAUCAAAGACGAGACACAGCAGAUCAGAAAAGCCAGUCAGAAGCCGUCUGCAGUCCUGAUCCGCAGCUCAAACCUGCGCCGAGCUGGCAGCAUUAAAGACCUGAUCAGUAAAUUCUCUGGUCCAGAACAAGACUCCUCUCCACAGAGCCUCUCCUCUGGAUCCCCAAAGUCUGCUGAGGUUCCAGAGUCCUCAAAGUCCUCAAAGUCCAAGUCGAGUCCCACUACUCUGAGCAGCGUUGGACAAGAUAGGAGUCCAGUCCCCAGCAUCUCUGUGACCCCUCCGAGCCAGCAAACCAGUCAGAACGGGGCUGAAUCGGCUCAGAAUGGCAACAAAUCAAGUCAGAUAACUGCAAGAAUGGAUUGUCCAGUGGGGGGCAGCACUGAGAAGAGUGACUCAGAAGCUAAGAGGGAAACACAAACGGCAGACUCUGGUAGAGAGUCGGUGGCAGACUCGGGUAUUGGAUCGGAGUCAGAAUUAGAUACAAACAAGCAGCCAGAGAGCCCGUCAGAGGACGAGCCCACCACACCGAAGCCGGUAUCAACCAGCCAGAACCCGAAAUAUCAGCUGUUCGUCAACAACGAGAUGAAGACCAACGGGGUGGGCGGCAGGGAUGCAGAUGGUCCGGGAGGAGGCGGGCCGAUGGGGGAGAACGGCCCCAGGCUGGCCCAGUGGGAGCAAGGCCGGCUGAAGAAGAACCACUUUCGAGGGUCAAUGGAGUCCCUAGUCUCACGGGACUUGGACACAUCGUCUGACAGGGUGGGCAUUUAUGAAAACGCUUCCCCUCACAGGGUAUUCAACAGUCCAUACUCCACCUCUAUGGAUUACAACCCCUCACUCCGCAUGUCCAAGACUUUUCAGUCUGGACUUUCUCCUGCCACCUCCGAGAUGAACCUCUACGGCUUCAACAAUCGCAGCACCAGUCCAGUGGGCCUGCCUACGCCCACCCUCACCCACUCCCGCCCCCGAUACUCCGCCUACGACACCCUGUUAAAGAGAAGGAACGAGGCCAACAUCCCUCAGCAGCAGCAGCAGCAGCAGCAGCAGCAGCAGCAUCAGCAGCAGCAGAUGAUGACAACCCACUACAGCCUGCGCUCUGCCACUAUGGGAGCCCCCAAUAGAAAGGACUACAUAGAGGAGUUAACCAAGCAGCUGGACGCCUGUCAGAGGCGCAACCAUUUCCUGGAGGCAGAGAGUGUGGAGAUGGAUAAGGAGAGGAACCAGAUCAGGUUAGAAAUGCGUAACCUGCUGGUGAACAACGAGGACCUGCUGAGGAACAACACUCAGCUGAACAACGAGAUGAAGAGGCUGAGAGAGCAGAUGAUAGAGAUGGACAGAGAGAAACAAACCAUUGCCGGGAGAUUCAGAGAGAUGGAGAUUGAGGUGAAGGAGGCUCGAGAGGUGAUGGUGGAGGCCAACACCCAGGAGUACGCCUUCAAUUUCCUCCAGCAGUCGCUCCAAAACAGGCUAAAGGAUGCUGAGGAGAGCCUGGAGAAGGAGACACUGCACUCACAGACUCUUAGUGAUAAGUUGUGGCAUGCAGAGAGGCAGCUGGAGGAGCUGGAGGUCGACCAAGGCACCAAAAACAAGAAGACAUCAGAACUCAACAGCACCAUCCUCAGACUGGAGACAGAGCUGGCUGAUGCCCUGCAGGUGUCCACACAGGCUACAGUAGAGAUGAACCUUCAGCAGAAGCUGCGUGAUGACGUGCAACAGAGGGUGGAGGAGCUGGAGGAGACUCUGCUGGAGAAGGAGCAGGAGCUGCAGAGACUACAGUCAAUUGUCAACAGACUACAGGGAGAGGUCUCUGGUAAACUCAUUGAUAAGGAGCGCACACUGGAGGAGGAGAUCCAGCUGAGAGAGAGGAUCCAGCUGCAGUGUAAGCAGGCAGAGAGGACCGUGGAUGACCUCCAAAUGGAGCUGCAGACCACCAACCAGACCAAAGAGGACCUGGCCAAACAACUCAAACAGGCUCAGGAGAAGAUGAUCGACCUGGAGACCGAUCUGGAGGAGCUGCAUGACAGCGAGCAGAGGUGGGCCGCCAAGCACAAGAGAGCCAUCGAACAGACCGAGCAGCUGCAGUUGAAGCUGAUUCAAGAGAAAGAUCUGAUCGACAUUAUGGAGACUGACAAGAUCUCCAUGGAGAGACAGCUGCGUGAGCUGCGUCUGGAGAUUGAGGAGCUUCAGAGCUCUAGAGUUCAGGAGGACGUCAUCUCCAGGGCGGAGAUCCGAGUCAAAGAGCUGGAGAACAGUCUGAGGGCCGAGGAGAGGAGCAAAUCAGUUCUGGCCAACAGUGUCAGCAAACUGGAGAGGAAGAUCAAUGAGCUCAGCGACCAGAUGGAGGAGGAACACAGGAUAGCCAAUGAGCAGAAAGAACUGAUGGCUCAGAGGAUCCGCUCGCUGAAGCGUCAGCUGAACGAGGCCGAAGAGGAGGCGAGCAGGAAAGAGGCGCAGUACCGCCACACCCAGAGAGAGCUGGCAGAGGAGAGGGAGACGAGCGGGCGGCUGCAGAGGCAGGUGCUCGACCAGCAUAUACAGACAAAGCGUAAGGACACGCUGACCAUCCGUCAGACUCUGGACAACCUGAGGUUGGACCUGAGUGUCGACGACGAAGAUGAAGAGAAUCCGCCGGAGGAACAAACACCAAGCCAAGUCACUAAAGUCUAAACAAUCACACUUCAGCUCAUGGAACAGGCAACAGUGCAGUUAGGAUGCGUUUAAAUGGUGAUUUUUUUUUGUUAACUGCCACCAAAACCAACAAUAAUGGAGAAGAGGAAGAAGCCUGUUGUAUGAGACAAAACAAAUCUCCAGUCAAAUUCUCAGGACUAAAGAAUGACCGAAGAAGUGACAUUAGAUUCUCAUUUUAGCCAUUUGGGGGCAGGGCGUUUUUUUUUUUAAUCUAUUUUUUUAACCAGGAUGUUUUCUUGAACAAUGGAUGCCUUUUCUUGAAGUUCAAUUGUAAAUUAACUUUUAUCUUUAUCUUUUUUUAACCAAGCGUAUAUUAUCCUAAUGAUCUCCUACAAAGCGUCCCAAACAAAAGAAAGGUAUGUGGUCCAAUAAGAAACAUGAAAAGAUUGUUAUAUUUUUCUGCAAAAAUCUUCAGUAUGCUUCACUAUUUUCCUUUUAUGUGCUGAAUUUGAAGCCUGCUUGUAGAAUAAUUGGGGGGAAAAAAAGCUUGACCAUCAUAUUUUCUCCUUUUCUUUUCCAUAGAAUAUUUAUAAGAAUUUGUUAGUUUACCUUGGUGCAAUAAGAUGUAGAGGGAAACUUACUGGUGAAAGGACAUUUUAUUAUCGUAGCAACAGAUCGCUGGAGUCUGUUCCAGCGAGCUUUUGAACAGUGAACCGUCCAGGAAGACGUCUUCAUUUUGUGCUCCACAGAUUGCGUACCGUAUAAGCAUUUAAGUUGAAAUAAUACUUUUAACUCCCACAGACUUUAUGGAAGAUAUUUGGAACAGAUCACAUUGCAUACGUUUCUGCAAUAUUUUCUAGAAGAGACUCCUUGGCCAUCUUCUCUGAUUGAGCACAGUUUGUUUUUUAGGUGUGAUUUUCUAUACUAGAAGCUGUGUAGUUUAACAUGUACAACACUUUCCAAAUGCAUCACAUGAACAUAUUCCCCAUUCUACGCUGCCAUAUCACAGGGUACUAACACACAUCACGGUGUGACUGUGGACGAGGGGAUCUCUGGACUUUAACUGCUGAAACAAAAAGGAGAUUAUUUAUAUCGAACACUUUUUUGUGUUUGUGUUGUUUUUAUGAUUUCUGAUAUUUUUCCAUGUUCUGUACUUGAGAUGUUUGAGGGGUAUAAUAUUAGAGUUUAGUUUGAGGUAUUUUAGAGGGUUGGCUGCUGUAUUAUUUAAACUCACUGUGCCUUCCACUUACAGUAUCUGUUCAUGAAAGGAUUGUUUUGUCAGCAAAGACGACGACAGAAAAGGAAAUGCAACUCAUCACUUUGCCUUUGUUUGUGUGUCUUUGUUAAGCUGUAAAAUGUGCAAAUUAGGACGUUUUAGCUCUCAAAAGUAUGAACAAAUGUCUCACCACAGUUUGGAUCAAAGAUAUGUGUCAAUGCAAAGUGAUGAAGUGAACAAAAUGGCAUUAAAAGACAGCUUUCAUGCCACGCUGUUGUCUUAGUUAAUGUCCUGUUUGCUCUUAUAAUAAGAUAACUAGGUGUACAGAGAGAGGCAAACAGGGCUAGGCUGUUUAAUUCAAACCAAUGGAUAUUCACUGAUUCUCAAAAAGUUCAUAAAGACUCAAAGUUGAGGGGAUAAUCCUCCCCUUUCUCAUUGAAACUGAAAUGAGCCCAGCUCUGCUCUGCAUGCUUCAUCAAAGGCUGUGGUAAACACUUAAAGCUCCUUUUAAGACAAAUAUGUUCUGUUUACAUUGGUUGGUGUAUUUGGCUUUUUUUGGAAACAGGAGAAUAAAUCUUCUGUUUGUGUCUAUAGAAAGGUUUUUAUAAUUCAGCUGUUGGGGAGUAGAAUUGCUGCAGAGUGUCACUGGUGUCUUUUUUUGUUGUUUAACAGAGGAGGUUGACAGUGUCUACACAUAUGUAAAAAAGAAAUAGAAUACACUUGACUUAUUUUUGUAACUACACUUCACAUUCUGCUGGCUCUGCUGUUCUCGGGUAUUUAUUUUUGUUGUUCAUGUUCUCUUUAUUUUGGUGAGAAGUUUCUACACAACGGAAAUAAACUCUUCUCCACUGUAAA